AUGUCUAAACUACCAGAUUAUUAUAAGAUAUUAGAAAUAGAGAUAAAUGCUGAUUCUGAAUCUAUAAAGAAAGCAUAUAAAAGAAUGGCAUUAAAAUAUCACCCCGAUAGAAAUAGAGGUGGUACAAAAGAGAAAGAUUCAGAGGAAACAUUCAAAUUGGUAUCGGAAGCAUAUGCUGUUCUGUCGGAUACCGACAAGCGGCGAGAGUAUGACGCUGCUAUUCGUGGCGGUAGUUUUAAUGUUGGUGUAGGAGGUGGUGUUGGUGGUAUGGGUGGUUUCGAUGAAAUGAGAUUCCACAGACACCCAAUGAAUCCCGAUGAAGUAUUCAGUAUGUUCAAUCAAUUCUUUAGUAAACCAUUCUCUGCGCAUCAUCAUCAUCAUCACACACCGUUCUCCUCUUUCCAUGGCGCAGGCGGACCUCCACCACCACCUCAACAGGUCGAUCCUUUCGCUUCGCCAUUCUUUGAUAGUUUCUUUAAUGGCGGACCGUCUUCGCGCUCACCGUUCUCUGCGCAUCACAACAGUCAUCACAACAGUCAACAUCAUCACAAUCAUCAGAAUUUUCAUAACAACAAUCUCAACAACAGCCGACAUAACAUACAUGUUGACGAUGAAGACGACAUUGAGAAUCUCACUGGAAGUCCGGGCGGUGGUAGCAGCAGCAGCAGCAGCAGCAAUGGUAAUCACUCAAUGAAUGGACUUCCAACAAGAAUCUAUCAUAAACUAUCGUUGUUUCUCUCGUUCAAAGAGACAGUGUAUGGCACUGAACGACAGAUUCACUUUCCCAUCAAGAUUGAAUGUGGACAUUGUCUAGGCACAGGAUCAUCCACGAAACAACGCGAAUUUACAACAUGUCAGCGAUGCAACGGCAAUGGAAGAGUCACCAACUUCCUACUGGCAUUUGCAUGUGAUGUAUGCAACGGUCAAGGUGUAAUCUUGAAAAAUACAUGCAACUAUUGUCAUGGCGAUGGUCUAAUAUCACAACAAUACGAAGAUUCUAUAUUGAUACCCGCUGGAAUUUCAAAUGGUUCAACAGCGAAAUCAUUGACUUUUGAUGAACACGAUGUACAAAUAAAGUUCUCUGUGGAACAACACCCUUUCUUUCAGAGAGAAGGAAACAACGUUGUUAUUUCAGUGCCACUGUCGACGACACAGGCAAUGUUUGGUUGUAAGAUCGACGUGCCAACUAUCUAUGGAAAGAAUAUUCAGAUCAACGUACCGCCUUACGAAUCGCAAUCGAAAUACGGGUUGGUUGUACAUCGACACGGCUUCAAGGAUCCCGACGGUCAAAAGGUGGGCGAUAUGAUUUGCAAUUUCAAACCAGAGUUUCCAACACUCAGCAAUCUGACACCCAGAGAAAAAGAACUAAUAAAAGGUAAAAAUUUGUAUAUACCAUUCUCAAUCGAUAUUCAUUCACUCUUUAAUUUUUAUUGA